UAAAAAAAAAACUACAAUAAAGAACUAAGCUGAAAAGUUAAAAAAAAAUAAUUUAAAUACACAAUUGACAUUAAUAAAAUAAAUAAUUAUAAAUCAAUGAGAUUAAUAAAGAAAUUAAUAAUUUAAUUUAUUAUAAAUUAAUUAAUAUUUAAUAUUUAAAGAAGGAAAAAUAAAAAAACACAAAAUGAACGAAGUGGUGCUACCUGAUUUACAAUCGGUUCUACGUCAAGUUAUGGGAAAUGAUUUAAUUGUUGUGAAUUUUUCAACUGAAUUAUUAUUACCACCGGGUGAAAAUUAUGGUAGUACAAUGUUAUCAGUUGUGGCGGAAAUAAAAAAAAAUAAUGCAAAUAAAACAAAAUCGGAACAAUUAUAUUUAGUGGCAAAAAUGUUACCGCCAACUGAUUUUCAACGUGAAAUGUUUGACAGUGGUUUUACAUUUCGUAAGGAAUGUUUUCUCUAUACUGAUAUAUUGCCACGUUAUAAAAAAUUGGAAAUUGAAUUUGGAAUUAAAAAAAAUGAAAUUUUUGAUAUUGGCGCAAAAUUUUAUGGCGCAAAAAUAUCAUCAAGUCCCGAUAUUGAUUUUGAUGAAGACGCUGUUAUUUUAUUGGAAAAUUUAAAAGUUCGUGGAUAUUACACUGGCGACAGAAAAUUAGGACUCGAUUUAGAGCACUCAAUGAUGGCAAUAAAAGCAAUGGCCAAAUUUCAUGCACUUGGAAUGGUAAUGAAAUACAAAUAUCCUGAGGAAUUUCAACAUCUCAAAGAACGAUGUAAAUGUUUAAAAUUAAAUCCCGAGGCAUUUGAAGAUAUGAAAGAUUCCUUUAUGGAUACAAUUCGUCAAGAUUCAGUGAUGGGUAAAUAUACGGAUAAAAUAUUCCCCCUUCUUGAGGCAAACACUGACAAUUGGACGGGUACACCAAAUGAACCAUGGUCAACAAUAAUACACGCCGAUUUUUGGGUGAAUAAUAUGAUGUUUCACAAGAAUUCCAAUCAAAAUGUUGACGAUAUAAAAUUUGUUGAUUUUCAAAAUUAUCUCUUUCAAAAUCCAAUAAAUGAAUUAAUAUUUUUCAUUGGCGCCAGUAUACAAACAGAUUUAAUUGCCAAUAAUUUGGAUCGACUUUUAAAUUUUUAUUACGAUUCAUUUAUUAAUAUAAUGACAACAAUGAAUUGUGAUAUCAGUGAAUUUAGUCGUGAUAAUUUUCAUGAGAGAAUUAAAAUUGAUGCACAUAAAGAAUUUAGUCAUUGUGCAUUUAUAUUGAAAAUAUUGACAAUUGACAUUGAAACUGAUGGUGUUGAGGCGACAAAAUUGGAAACAAUGGAAUUUGGCAGUGCAAAUCCACGUUUUUAUAAUAGAAUGCGACAACUUGUUUUGAUUUUCAUUGAUAAAGAAUGGAUUUGA